CAAAGUCAGCGAAAAAAAAAACGGAAAUGGGGGCACCAUUGCUUGUUUGUUUACAAUGACAGGGAAUGAUUUUAUUUCUUUUAUCAGCAACGUCCAGGCAAUGGUGGGAAAUAGGCACUCGCCAUAAUUUUGCGCCCACGGAGACUGAAAGAAUCACGUGAGUUGGUGUGCCAGGUUGUUGGAACACGGGACCUUAUAUAUGGAGCACGUACCGAGCAUCACUUUUACGAAAGAACUCGAAUGCACUGAACAGGCCGCAGUGUACCAUGCACGAUUGCACCACCUACUGUAUUAUACGGUAGGUCGUGCACGAUUGGCACGGCCACCAUGUCCAUGAUCACGUCCAACAUCAGACAUAUGCACAUACGAUCACAGCGCCACGGUGCCACGCUCGACCCGCUGGAGGAGUGUUGGUUCUCUCCUCUAUUCUAACCCUGUUGGCCUGUUGCGAGCGCAGUCGAGCUCGAUCUGUGAGCUCAAGCCUAAGACACGCCAAAGAAUGUUUAACGCUGAGCCGCGGUUACCGCGGGUCCGUGCUUGUCGACUUGCAAUUUCAACAAAUGCCAGAAUCAAGAUUCUACUCUCCCAGUGGUCGUGCUUAGCUUGCAACUGUGAUACGUCAGCGCUUUUGUGAUCGUUUUUCUGGAAGUGGCGUGUGAGACUUUUGAAGUUGUUUGUGUGUGUACUUGCAACAGUGCGGUUUCGCGAGUCAAGUGAGUGCGCUUGUUGCUGUUGUCACGCGCAUGUUAGUGUCUUGUGGUGAAGCUCCGACUAUGGCAUCGCACUGGCGGUUUCAAGUUCAACUCUUCUUCGUCCAUGUUGACCAUUGACCAUCAUUCUGAGCGUCGUGAAUGUGAUUUGAUAUCCCGGUUACUUCGCAUCAUGUCCGAUUCGCUCGUCAGCAGCGGCACCGGAUCAUCAAGCCCGUUGAGCACGCUCAGGCAGUUUAGGUUACGAAAGAGAUGUUCGCAGCAAAGUCCUGCCUCCGAACAAUGUCCAUCGCAGAGCAACGAGGGCCAGAAUCAAAUGCAUGGCCAUCCUUCUGCGCUGGGCCGAAACGAAAAUGAUAUUGCCAGCCCCUGCGGGACCCCUGAAUCGGCACUGAAGAGACCUAGCCGGGACUUGGUCAAAAGUGCACAGAAGACACGUGGCACACGACCAAGUGGCUCGAAAGUCGGCUUGGAACAAAGUUCAUCAACAUCCAUCGGAGUAAAGCGAAAGCUUUCAGAAUGCAGUGGAGCAUCCAGAGGAUCAGGACAGCCUGCUCACAGUGCCUUAAAAAAAACUGUCAAGGAAGAGAAAGAGAGCAGUGAGGAAGACAGCUCAGAUGAUGAGGACACAAAGUAUAUGACUGACAAAGAGAAAAGUCUCAAGCAGAUCAUUGAAGAGUUCAAAGAAGCUGAUGUUAUGGCUCUGCAAGAUGCCUUGGUGACAUGUAAAUGGGAUGUCUGUGAGACGCGUGCCUAUUUGCUGGAAAAUCCACCCCGUCGGAUGGCUCCUAACCCAUAUCGCAAUGCACAAUUCAAUAUUUUUCCCUCGUCUGGCAGCAGAGAUGUGGAUUCUGACAGUGAAGAGGAGGAAGAGGUGACACCUCAGGAAACAGUCAUUACAAGGAAUGAACCACCAAUGAAGAACACAACUGGUGGCCUGCCCAAUCCCGGAGCUCCCAGUGACACUGAUUUGUGUAACUCACAAAAGACAGUGGAGCUUCUGCCAGUGAAUGCGAUAAAGGUUGAAGUUGUCAGUGAUGACGAAGAACAGAUUGACGGUGAUGUCCACGGUAUGACCAGUGACACUGAUGAAAGUGAUGAAGAAAUAGAUCGCAAACCUGUAAAGGUUGAACCACACAUUAUUACGGGCUUCUUGGACAAUGCUUCCUCAGAUGAACUAGUUACGAUCUCCGUCUGCCAACCAAAGGUUGAAGCUGUUGAGGAAAACAGGCCGCAUGAAACGUGGAGGACUGCGACUAGCCAACAAACACCAGAGGACGUGGCUGGUAGAAAAGGCAACAAUGAAGAAUUUAUACUCCCCACGGGUCAUGUCCCAGAACACCUGCCAUCUUCAGUGGAGAAGCAAAUCAAUCCUGGUGAUUUUGUGGCUGUUGAGAUUAAAGAAAGCUCCAGCCAGGUACUCAUGGCUGCAUCUUUGUAUGCUACUGCUCUGCAACAACGCUUGACCGAUGAACGAGAGCGCACACGGUUGAGGCAUGUGCAGCCACUGUAGUUUUUCUUACUUCUUUGUGGUAAAGCUUUAUGCAGCAAAAUGUGUGUGUUCAGACAUCUUCCCAAAGGUGAUUCAUUAAAGUCUACACAUAUGCAG